GAGAGAGAGAGAGAAAAUCAAUCGGUUUAGAAGGUUUGGACUCACUUGACAGGUUCAGUUGGAGGCGACCAUAGGUGGCUGCUGUGACAAAGGGAAAUUGUGCUUUUCCAGCAUGCUAACUGACCCUGAUUUACCUCAGGAGUUUGAAAGGAUGUCUUCCAAGCGACCAGCCUCUCCGUAUGGGGAAGCAGAUGGAGAGGUAGCCAUGGUGACAAGCAGACAGAAAGUGGGAGAAGAGGAGAGUGACGGGCUCCCAGCCUUUCACCUUCCCUUGCAUGUGAGUUUUCCCAACAAGCCUCACUCUGAGGAAUUUCAGCCAGUUUCUCUGCUGACGCAAGAGAACUGUGGCCAUAGGACUCCCACUUCUCAGCACAACACAAUGGAAGUUGAUGGCAAUAAAGUGAUGUCUUCAUUUGCGCCUCACAACUCAUCUACCUCACCCUUGAAGGCAGAAGAAGGUGGGCGUCAGAGCGGAGAGUCCUUGUCCAGCACAGCGCUGGGAACCCCGGAGAGGCGCAAGGGGAGCCUCGCCGAUGUCGUGGACACCCUGAAGCAAAGGAAAAUGGAAGAGCUCAUCAAAAACGAGCCAGAAGAAACUCCCAGUAUUGAAAAGCUACUAUCAAAGGACUGGAAAGACAAGCUUCUUGCCAUGGGAUCAGGGAACUUUGGAGAAAUAAAAGGGACUCCAGAAAGCCUCGCUGAGAAAGAAAGGCAGCUCAUGGGUAUGAUCAAUCAGCUGACCAGUUUGAGGGAACAGCUGCUAGCAGCUCACGAUGAACAGAAGAAGCUGGCUGCAUCUCAGAUCGAGAAACAACGCCAGCAAAUGGAGCUGGCUAAGCAGCAACAAGAGCAGAUUGCAAGACAACAGCAGCAGCUUCUGCAGCAGCAACACAAAAUUAACCUUCUUCAGCAACAGAUCCAGCAGGUCCAGGGUCAGCUGCCUCCAUUAAUGAUUCCCGUAUUCCCUCCAGACCAGCGAACCCUAGCAGCAGCUGCGCAGCAAGGAUUCCUUCUUCCUCCUGGUUUCAGCUACAAGGCGGGAUGCAGUGACCCCUACCCCGUUCAGCUGAUCCCAACUACCAUGGCAGCUGCUGCCGCAGCAACACCGGGCUUAGGCCCACUGCAACUGCAGCAGUUGUAUGCUGCCCAACUUGCUGCGAUGCAAGUGUCUCCGGGAGGGAAGAUUCCUGGCAUUCCCCAGGGGAACCUUGGUGCUGCCGUGUCCCCUACCAGCAUCCACACAGACAAGAGCACAAACAGCCCUCCACCCAAAAGCAAGGAUGAAGUGGCCCAGCCUCUGAACCUUUCAGCCAAACCCAAGACAUCUGAUGGCAAAUCUCCCACAUCACCCACCUCUCCUCACAUGCCAGCUCUGAGAAUAAACAGUGGGGCCAGUUCGCUCAAGUCCUCCGUGCCAGCAACAUUAGCGAGUCCUUCGGCCAGAGCCAAUACAAUAGGUUAUUUAAAUGACCACGAUGCUGUUACCAAGGCAAUCCAGGAGGCCCGGCAGAUGAAGGAGCAGCUACGGCGGGAGCAGCAGGUGCUGGAUGGGAAGGUGGCCGUGGUGAACAGCCUGGCUCUCAAUAACUGCAGGACAGAAAAAGACAAAACAACACUGGAGACCCUGACUCAGCAGCUGGCAGUAAAACAGAGUGAAGAUGGGAAGUUCAGCCACGCAAUGAUGGAUUUCAACAUGAGUGGAGAUUCUGAUGGAAGUGCAGGAGUUUCUGAGUCUCGGAUUUACCGGGAAUCCCGAGGCCGUGGUAGCAACGAGCCCCACAUCAAGCGCCCGAUGAAUGCGUUCAUGGUGUGGGCUAAGGACGAGCGGAGGAAGAUCCUUCAAGCCUUCCCUGACAUGCACAAUUCCAACAUCAGCAAGAUACUAGGAUCUCGCUGGAAAGCUAUGACAAACCUAGAGAAGCAGCCAUACUAUGAGGAGCAGGCCCGGCUCAGCAAACAGCACCUGGAGAAGUACCCAGACUACAAAUACAAGCCCAGGCCGAAGCGUACCUGCCUUGUAGAUGGCAAAAAACUACGCAUUGGCGAGUACAAGGCCAUCAUGCGCAACAGACGCCAGGAGAUGAGGCAGUACUUUAAUGUUGGGCAACAAGCACAGAUCCCCAUUGCCAGCACGGGCGUGGUGUACCCCGGAGCCAUCGCCAUGGCAGGAAUGCCUUCCCCACACCUGCCCUCGGAGCACUCCAGCGUGUCCAGCAGCCCGGAGCCCGGCAUGCCCAUCAUCCAGAGCACUUACGGGAUCAAGGGCGAGGAGCCGCACAUCAAGGAGGAGAUGCAGCCCGACGACGUCAACGGAGAGAUCUACGAUGAGUACGAUGAGGAGGAGGACGACCCCGAUGCAGACUAUGGCAGUGACAGUGAAAACCACAUUGCGGGGCAAGCCAACUGAUUUGGGGUCCCAAUGUCUCGUCACCUGCAGGACUUCAAGGAAAAAAAAGAAAAAAAAUAAAAUAAAUAAAGCCCCAUCUGGUUUAUCCUUGCCAGUGGCCAAGCACAUUAACUUUCUCAUACACUGACUGUUACUUUAACUGUUAGUCUUAACUAGUUGGGACAUCAGCUGACUAAUAGACAUCAGCCUGCAUCAGAAAUAAAAAGGCUCAGAAGAAAGGAAACAAAGACAACGACAACAACAACAGAAUGAUAUAAGCUAUGGGUAAAAUAAUGCCAGUAAUUCAGCUGCUAUACCCAAGCACUGAAGUCUUACCCGUUGACCUUUUAUUAUUAUUAUUAUUUUUUUCAAAUAAACUUUAUGGCUGUUUGUUCUACAAUGUUCUAGAAAUUCUCACUCAGGUACACAGUGCCAACAAGUGGCUUGUGAAUGUGUUUUGUUGUUUUGUGCUACAGUUUAAAGAGAAAUAAUUUUUUUUUUUUGGUAAUGCACCUGACAGGAAAAAGAAAAGAUAAAAUUCCUUUUAACCCCCUCUGUCUCCUUCUCCUCCUCCUUCUCCUCUUCUUCCUCUUCCUCUUCCUCCUCCUUCACCCUGUCAAAUCUGGGUCAGAAGUGUGUGUGUGUGCGUGCCUGUGCGCAUGGCUGGCAAGGAAGGAAGUGGGGAGUCUUUCUGUUAACCCCAACAAGCAUUUCCUUUCAAGAGAGGACUUCUCUUCAUCAGUUGCACACCAUACUGAGUCUUUGAGCAAGUGCCAAAUUUGUACUAAAGCGCUGAACUAGUCCAAUUUGCUUUUUUUAGGUUGGUCUCUUCUUGUUUUGCUUUACUUUGGCUUUUCAUUUUCUUCUUGCUCUGUCUUAAGUUAGGACAGUGUUAUAUCUUAGACAAUCCCUUGAAGAACCUGAUAUACCAGCAGCUGGUGAGAUUAGACAUAUAUUUUUGGUUUUGCUUUUGCUUUUUAAAGGAAACUGUAGGUGCUGUUCUCAGGUGAAAAAAAAGAGAGAGAGAGAGAGAGAGAGAGACAUAAAUUUAGAGAAAAAAAUAUUUUAUGGUCUUGGAUUUUCAUGUGUGCGUGUUUAUGGUACUAAUAAGAAUUAUCUUGGACUAUCGUGAGCAAAAAACAUGUUCCAGAAUGAAGUCCUGCACCCUCCAAAUGACUUGGUCUCUAAGAAACCUUUACUUUUCGUUUACACUUCAAGUGGCAGCAUAAAGAACACAUGAAAGGCUUGUCCAGAAUGUGGUUUGUUCUGCACAGGACACAGCAACUGGAAAUGUUACCUCCUCAAUGAGCAUAAUUAAGUUACCACCAGCUGGGUCCAGUUCUGAUGAACUCGUACCUUCAGGGUGGUUGAGUACUGAUUUCUGAUUCAAAAGGCAAGUUUUUUUUUAACUGACUUUUUUUUUUUUCUCCUGUGCACUGGCAGAAAUCCUUUUAUCAGUGAGAUGUUUGUGUAGGAAGGAAAGCUAAUAGCUAUGAAGAGAUUUCCAUAUUCAUAGUGGGGUUAUAAGAACUCAAACCUUUGCAGUGCUGAAUUUCCCUCCCUGCUGCCUCUCAAAACUGAAAAAUUAUUCUCCUGUGCUAAAAUAUUUUCAGUGUUGUUGUAGAGCACUUACAUUGCUUGGGCAGUUUUGUCUUCCUUGGGCAACCACAACCAGAUGAGGAAGCUGCUCUGUGCCCUGGAGAGGAAGGUCUUGGGAUUGUGCUGAAGCAAAAACCUUCCUUGGAAUUGUUCUUUUAACUGAGGAUGCCAACUUCAUGUUGCUUCCUAGAAAAUCCCUACUCCCAGAGGGAGAUGCAUUGCUGUUGUUAUCACCUCUAACUUGCAGAAUUAUCUCCAUGCAUCCUGUUGGCAGUGGGAUCCCAUCCCAAGCACUCAGCAGGACCCUGCUCACCACAAUUUGGCAACACUGAUUUAGCAAACAGUCCCUUAAUCAGGAGAAUUCAGCCCUCAGUGCCAGGUGCAGGAGAAACAGGACAGGUAGGAAGGGGGGAAUGCCUUUCUUUGCCUCUCAAAAUCCCACUUGAAGUGUAACUUAACCUCUGCAGACCUUGUGCAAAGCAAAAAGCAAAUGCCAUUGAAGACUUAGGACAAUACUCCAGUGAGUGGUUUGGGCAUGUGAUAGUUUUACCCUGCUACAUCUCUGUUCUUUUUCUUCUGUUUUCCCUGUUUUUAUUUCCACCUCUGCUUUGAAAAAUUCUUUUCUAUUUUCUCUCUCUCAGAAGAUUUGCUCUGAAAUUAUGCUUGGAGUAGCUGAUCAUAUCCUCCAUGACAGAGAGGGUUCUUUUUUGUUUGUAUUUUAUGACUGUGUUGGGUUUGGGUUUUUUUUUUUUUCAGUUGAACUGCCUCUUCUUGCUAGUGUUGAAUGGUAAUUAUAAUAAUAAUAAUAAUAAUGGUCAGCUGUUCCCAGAUUAGUAAAUUAUGUAUAAUUUAUUUACACCCCCCCUUUUUUAACUUUAUUUUAUUCUGUUCUAAUUUGGCAGUGCAGCAAAUGAAGCUGUUAGGCUAUUUAAAAUGGAUACCCCUCCCCACCUUACCUUUUUAUAUAUAUAUAAAUAUAUAUAUAUACAUAUGAAAACAAAUCGCUUCUUCUUCUGCUCACACCAUUUCUCUUUCUUUUAUUUUAAUUUUGGCCCCAGCCAUGUCAACUUCUGAUGUUUAUUAUGAUGGAGUGAAUUAAUGGGAGUGUUGUUUUCAAUCUUAAUUAACUUCUGCUCUCUCAUCACUCAUUUUAGUUAUUUAAUUACACCAGUCAUCUAGAGCCAAUUUUUUUUAAGCACUCUGUUUGGAUAAGAAGGAAAAAAAAUAGACAAUUGUUUUUAUAUCAUUAUUAUGUACAAUGUGAAAACAGAUAUUUGCUCCUUUUUAUUUUAUUUUUUUUUUAACUUUUAAAUUUGUUCCCUGUCUUUGUGAACAAAUUACUUCUGACUCUUGUGGGUUCACCUCACAUUUGCUGGAUGCUUGAUUUCCACCACGGUUUAGAGACUCUCUGGUUGAAUUGUGUCACUUCUGGCUACCGGAAUACUUUGUUUUAGCUCCAGGUAGGUGCCACUGUGGCAGGUGGGAGCAAGUCCUGGAGGCUUGGGCUGGGAAAGGCCGGUGGGAAGGGGGCCCUUGGACUUCAGUGGGACCAAGUUUGAGUGCUGAAUUCUGCGGGAGCCGCUCCUGGAGGCAGCCUGGUGUCCGUGGGCACGGUGGGACAGUGCCCUUCUCCAACAACUCCGUGCUUUUCACACCACCUCACCCAGGGCUCAGCUGAAACAGCUGAUUUCUUUCUGUACACAUUCCCUUCGGAGAGACUGUGCCCCAGCCUGGCCUUCCCUUGGCCUUUGGAAAUGGGUUGCUUUAGCAGACUGUCCACCUCCUCUACAUUUGGGAUGCUGAAGCUGUUGCAGAAAUGUUAAAAAGAAAAAAAAAGAGGCCAAAAGAUGAAAACAUACAUUUUUUAAAAUUGGCUCUGGGGUUCCAAACCAGCAAAAUACUUAAUGCCCAUGCUAAUGUUUUCUUAGGUCCAAAGAUGUGUACCCAUAUAUCCAUCAGCAGUAGAAGACCACAUUUGAAAAUAGGGUACUGCUUGUCCUGAUUGAAUUUUCUGGGGAAAAUAAAGAAAAAACUAAACAACAACAACAACAACAAAGCAAAACAUGCAUUUAUAAAAAUUAUCUUCUUGUCUCGUUUCUUUUUUUAUUUCCUGGGUUCUGUGCCCUGGAGCAUGUAGAAAAAACAGGUUAGAAGAGAUUAGGAUUUAUUAACCUAAAAGCUCAUUGAGGCCCUAAUGCUGGGGUGGGGUGGACAGGCCACCUCCUCCUAAAUGGGGGUAGCCACCAUGCAUCUUGUGAUCUUGAGAAAAAACAUCACCAGCAGUGGGGAAAAGGGGAAAAGGAAAGGAAAAAAAAACUGAAGGCACUUGCUUCUAAGCUCAAUUAAAUAACACAGAGUAUAUCCUUUUUUCCAUUUAUUCAUGCCUUAUAUUAGUAAAAUGGGAUUUUUAAGUGCAUUUAACAUCUUUAUCUAACCGUUCCGCUAUAUUAAUCAGGCCCCCAGAAAAGAACACUAGCUGCUAUUAUAGCAUUUAAUUAGUUUUGUAACCAAAUCCUCUUAUUAUGAAUGCAUAUGGAAGAAACUCUUUCUUCGAAGACAUUAUUUCAAAGAUUUGGUUACUGCAGUAGACUGUCUUUAAUUAAAUCAUUUUUUAGAAAGUAAAUUGUCUUUAACCUUUUUACAGCACAUUUUCAGAGCUUUUUCUUUUUAAUCCAAAGAGAUGAGCUGUUAUUGUCCCCGAAGAAGCCUCUGACAUCACAUUUGUAACAUCAAAAAUAAUUAUACUCCAUGGAAAUGUAGGUCUUCCUUAGUAAGAAUUCAUCUGCUGUAAAGAAAGGCAGCUGUGUGGUAUCUCGGACAUUUCAGGGCAUGAUGUGUGGGAUAGGAAGUUUCUUUGUCUGACCACUUCUCGGUAGAACCAUCCCUUCCAUUUUGCAAAUAACUGUGUAAUUCACUAGAUGUGGAUUCAAGUGUAUCCUCAAUUCACAGGGCAUGGGCUGUCUGUUUAGCUUGGUUUAUAUUUACAUUUUUUCAACUUUAUCUUAACUUCUCAGUUUCCCAGAUUGAAGAACAUGUCAAGUUCGUUUUUUCUACUGACUGAUUUCUCUACUCCCCAGUGUUUUUUGUCACUGGUGUGCUGAAACAGUAUUUAUAUAGCUCCAUUGGCUCUAAAGCUCUUACUCCUCCUAACGUUUUGGAUUUUACAAGUGAAAUGAAAAUAGAAAAGAAAUAGAGACAAUCAAAUGCCUGGAGCUUAAAACAAAGUAUGUGCAACCUACCAUCUCACUUGAAAUUUAAUAAAAGAAAUAAUUAUGUAAAUAUAACAUAGAGUUAUAGAUUUAUAUUUUGUUCAUAACACAUAGUGUAAUAUAAGUUGUAUAUUUUCAUGUUUUGGUUUUAUGUUAUCAUUCAUGCCACAAUAAAUAAAAAAAAACAGGACUUGAUGUACUCUUUAAAAAAAAUACAAUGUGGAUUGCCACCAUCCUGGGGUUUUUGUUUUGGUUUUUGGGGUUUUGUUUCUUUUGCAUUCCCCUUUUUCAGUAUUACUGCCCUGCAAGGCACCAAUAAAACAGCAAAUGUG